UCUUACUUGGAUGGAUGUCAUUUGAUUUCACCACCUGCCCAACUACGAAGUCAAAUCCUACAACGUUGCCUGAAGCCAAAACUUCUUCUUUAAGGCUGCAACUUAGAACGCGGCAAUACGACGCAGAAAAACCUCGGAGGGGGGGUAGACAGGAGGUCCCAUAGAGGGAAAGUUAAGUUGCACUUUGUUAGUUCUCUAAAUAAGAGAUGGCUUUGAGGCGCCUCAUCACUCAGGUUUCAAGGCAUCGUUCUGAGUUGGGGGAAUUUAAGAAUCUGUAUGUUAGAAGUUAUAUUCCUGUCAAUAAGUGUGGAGGCCAUGGAGGGAAUAGGUUUCUAAGAGCCCAAGAGAGGUAUCAGUCUAGCUAUGUUGGCAGUCUGGCUCGCAGAGUACGUGAUGUCGAUGAAGCUAGUGAAGUUUCCCAUCUCAAAGAACUUUACCAUCAAAAUGAUCCUGAAGCUGUAAUAAGAUUAUUUGAAAGUCAACCAUCCUUACAUUCUCACCCUUCAGCACUUUCUGAAUAUGUUAAAGCAUUAGUUAAGGCUGAUCGGUUGAAUGAUAGUGAGUUACUCAAGACAUUGCAGAGAGGUAUUGCAAACAAAGUGGAGGAAGAGAGUAUUGGUAGUCUUUCAGCCUUUAGGAAUGUGGGAAAAACUACAAAAGAUGGUAUUCUUGGAACUGCCAGUGCUCCUAUUCAUAUGUUAGCUACCGAAGGAGGGCAUUUCAAGGAACAGUUGUGGCGUACAAUCCGCACUAUUGCACUUGCCUUUCUCUUGAUAUCUGGUGCAGGAGCACUGAUUGAGGAUAGGGGAAUCGGUAAAGGGCUUAAUCUACAUGAAGAAGUGCAACCUACCAUGGAAUCUAGCACACAAUUCAAUGAUGUGAAAGGUGUUGAUGAGGCGAAGGCAGAGCUUGAAGAAAUUGUUCACUAUCUCCGAGACCCUAAGCGCUUCACUCGUUUGGGUGGAAAACUCCCAAAAGGGGUUUUGCUUGUUGGCCCACCUGGCACUGGCAAAACAAUGUUAGCUAGAGCUAUUGCUGGAGAAGCUGGGGUACCUUUCUUCUCAUGCAGCGGCAGUGAGUUUGAAGAGAUGUUUGUUGGUGUUGGAGCCCGGAGGGUAAGGGAUCUUUUUUCAGCUGCAAAGAAGCAGUCACCUUGUAUAAUAUUCAUUGAUGAGAUAGAUGCCAUAGGAGGGAGUCGCAACCCGAAGGACCAGCAGUACAUGAAAAUGACUUUGAAUCAGUUGCUUGUUGAACUGGAUGGCUUCAAACAAAAUGAAGGAAUUAUUGUGAUUGCUGCUACUAAUUUUCCAGAGUCGUUAGAUAAGGCAUUGGUCAGACCUGGACGGUUUGAUCGUCACAUUGUUGUCCCUAAUCCAGAUGUUGAAGGGCGAAGGCAGAUUAUGGAUUCCCACAUGUCAAAGGUUCUAAAGGCAGAUGAUGUUGAUCUGAUGAUUAUUGCAAGAGGAACUCCCGGGUUCUCAGGUGCUGAUCUGGCAAACUUGGUCAACAUUGCUGCUUUGAAGGCUGCUAUGGAUGGUGCUAAAGCAGUGAGCAUGGCUGACCUAGAGUAUGCAAAGGACAGGAUUAUGAUGGGAAGUGAACGCAAGUCUGCUGUAAUAUCUGAUGAAUCACGAAGGCUGACGGCUUUCCAUGAGGGUGGUCAUGCCCUUGUUGCUAUACAUACUGAUGGGGCUCUUGCAGUUCACAAGGCAACAAUAGUUCCCCGUGGGACAUCACUUGGCAUGGUUGCCCAAUUACCUGACAAGGAUGAGACUAGUAUCUCUUUCAAGCAGAUGCUUGCUCGGCUUGAUGUUUGCAUGGGAGGGCGGGUUGCAGAAGAGCUCAUCUUUGGAGAAAAUGAAGUUACUUCUGGUGCUUCUUCGGACCUUCAGCAAGCUACUUCACUUGCAAGAGCAAUGGUUACAAAGUAUGGUAUGAGCAAAGAAGUUGGACUUGUCUCUCACAACUAUGAUGACAAUGGGAAGAGCAUGAGCACGGAGACUAGGCUCCUUAUUGAGAAAGAAGUGAGGUACUUCUUGGAAAGGGCUUACAAUAAUGCCAAAACCAUUCUUACUAGCCAUAGCAAGGAGCUUCAUGCACUUGCUAAUGCUUUGCUCGAGCAUGAGACCCUCACAGGAGGUCAGAUUAAGGCCUUGCUUUCCCAGAUCAACUCUCAACAGCAGCAGCAGCAGCAUCAAAUGGUUACGACACAGAGUACCUCACAGUCCAAUCCAGUGCAGCCUUCAACACCCAAUCCAGCUGCAUCUGCUGCUGCUGCUGCCGCUGCAGCAGCAGCAGCUGCAGCGGCUGCUGCAACUGCGGCAGCCACAGCUAAGGGCAUUGCUUCUGUCGGAUCAUAGCAUACCUAAAGUUGGUAUGACUCCUUGCCAUGCGCUAAAUAUCAGAGUCAAUGUGAAUAUAAUUAUUGCCAGCCUUCCGUGUUGUAGUGUAGUCUGUUUGUUGCACCGUGAGGUUUUGUUAAUUUUUCACUGUGACUCAAAUUGACUUAAUACUGUAGAGAAGGGCAGCUAGUCAAGCAAUUAUGAUUGAGAAGAUCACUGGAAGAGGUUUGUUGUGUUAUUGUUUUAGUAAUACUUUGUUCUUUGUUUCACUUUUUGUUUCUGUUGUCAUUUGCUUAUACGGUUGAUAAUGACAUUUAUUUUGAA